AUGUCCGAGGGAGUUACUAACGCCUGUGUCUGGUCAUUAUCUAUCUAUCUAUCUAUCUAUCUAUCUAUCUAUUGUAUUUAUUGUCUAUCUAUCUACCCCAAUCUGUUCACUAUUGAUCUCAAUUUAUUUAUCCAAAUCUAUCUAUCUAUCUAUCUAUCUAUCUAUCUAUCUAUCUAUCUAUCUAUCUAUCUAUCAAAAAAUAAGGCUAUAAAGCCACUUAAAAACAAAGAGUUUCUUCUUCUGUUCAUCUCUCUUACCCUAUCUAUCUAUUUAACCAAUCCAUAUAUCUAUCUUAAUUUGUACUUCUAUCUAUCUAUCUAUCUAUCUAUCUAUCUAUCUAUCUAUCUCAGUCUGUUCAUUAUCUGUCUAUCUAUCUAUCUAUCGCCCCCCACCCGCCCGCUCAAAUCCUUUUCCCCGUUCUUUGUUUUGCCUCAAUCUCUUUCCAGCGACGUCAUGUUUUCGUUUGGCUCCCUCUCUACCUUUGCUCUCCUUUUUAUUAGCGCAACAGUGAGGCUCGUUAGUCUAUUGUGCGACAUGGACCUUUCUCUCUUACGCAAAACAACCCCUGCUGUCUCAAAGAUAUAUCUUAUCCCCCGACGCUUACUUUCUUCUUCUGUACCUUCUCUCGUUUUCUUUUUUUUUUUCUACCUCCUCUACUUUUUCUUUUUUUUUUCAAUAUCUCCACUUCUUUCUUUCUUUCUUUCUUUCUUUCUUUCUUUCUUUCUUCUUGUCGAUUUAUUUAUUGCUUGUUUCAUUCAUCAGUACUUACCUUCUUUUUCUUUUUUUUCGUCCUUCCAUACCUACCUUUUCUUUCUUUCUUUCUUUUUUUCCAGUCAUUUUCGUUUUUGCCGAUUUAUUUGUUUCUUUCUUUCUUCAAUACCUACCUUUUCUUUCUUUUUUCUUUCGUUCUUUAAGAGCUACAUUUCUUUCUGUCUUUUUUCAUUUAUUUAUUUUUUCAAUACUUACCUCUUUCUUUCUUUCUUUGUUUCUGUCGCUUUCUUUCUUUGUUUCUUUCUUUGUUUCUGUCGCUUUCUUUCUUUCUUUCUGUCACUUUAUUUCUUUCUUUCUGUCGCUUUCUUUCUGUCGCUUUCUUUUGUCGCUUUUUUCUUUCUUCUUCUUUUCUUUUCUUUUCUUUCUUUUUUCUUUCUUUCUGUCGCUUUUCUUUUCUGUCGCUGUCUUUUUUCUUUCUUUCUUUCUUUCUUUCUUUCUUUUCUUUUCUUUCUUUCUGUCGCUUAUUUUUUCUUUCUGUCGCUUUAUUUUCUUCUUUUCUGUCGCUUUAUUUUCUUUCUUUCUGUCGCUUUUUUCUUUUCUUUUCUUUCUUACUUUCUUUCUUUUUUUUUCUUUCGCUUUCUUCUUUUUUCUUUUCUUUCUUUCUUUUCUUUUCUUACUUUCUUUCUGCCCUUUCUUUCUUUCUUUCUUUCUUUUCUUUUUUUCUUUUCUUUCUUUCUUUUCCUUUCUUUCUUUUCUUUCUUUUCUUUUUCUUUCUUUCUUUUCUUUCUUUCUUUCUUUCUUUCUUUCUUUCUUUCUUUCCUUUCUUUCUUUCUUUCUUUCAUUUCUUUCUUUCUUUUCUUUCUUUCUUUCUUUCUUUCUUUCUUCUUUCUUACUUUCUUUCUUUCUUUCUUUUUUCUGUCCUUUUUUUUUCCUUUCUUUUCUUUCUUUUCUUUCUUUCUUUCUUUCUUUCUUUCUUUCUUUCUUUCUUUCUUUCUGUCGCUUUCUUACUUUCUUUCUUUCUUUCUGUCGCUUUCUUUUUUCUUUCUUUCUUUUCUUUCUUUCUUUCUUUCUUUCUUUCUUUCUUUCUUUCUUUCUGUCGCUUUAUUUCUUUCUUUCUGUCGCUUUCUUUCUUUCUUUCUUUCUUUCUUUCUGUCGCUUUCUUACUUUCUUUCUUUCUGUCGCUUUCUUUCUUUUCUUUCUUUCUUUUUUUCUUUCUUCUUCUUUUCUUUCUUUUCUUUCUUUUUUUUUUUUCUUCUGUCGCUUUUUAAAAUCUUUCUUUCUUGA